GCUUGUUUGUGAAUCUCGCGCUAUAAUCAAAGAAAAUGGAGAGAAGAAUUUAUGAAGCUGCAGUGGAGGGCAGCGUAAUUUCUUUGCUUAACCUGCUUCAAGAAGAUGCUCUACUUCUCGAUAGAAUUAUGGUGGGCUGUUACGCGGAGACGCCUCUGCACGUAGCUUCCAUGCUCGGGCAUACAGAAUUUGUGCAGGAAAUUCUAAAUCGAAAGCCGGAGCUAGCCGGAGAGCUUGAUUCCCGGAAAUCGUCCCCGCUUCACUUGGCAGCUGCAAAAGGGUACUUGGAUAUAGUUAAAAAGUUGGUAUCGAUUAAUCCUGAGAUGUGCCUUGUCGGUGAUCGAGAUGGAAGAAACCCUCUACAUAUUGCCGGCAUCAAGGGUCACGUUAAUGUGUUAAGAGAGUUGGUUCAAGCGAGACCCCAAGCGGCUCGAAUCUUGAUGGAUAGAGGUGGAACGAUUUUACAUGUGUGUGUGAGAUAUAACCAGUUGGAGUCGAUGAAAUUUUUGGUGGAGACGAUGAAUGAUCAUGAGUUUGUGAAUUUUAGGGAUGAUGAUGGCAACAGUAUAUUACAUCUGGCAGUGGCUGAUAAACAAGUAGAGGCAAUAAAGUUUUUGAUUACUAAUGCUGCAAUAGAAGUGAAUGCGCUCAAUUCAAAUGGCUUGACUGCCUUGGAUAUUCUAACACGAAGCAGUAGAGAUAUGAAAGAUUGGGAGAUCGGAGAAUUGCUUCGACAUGCUGGAGGAAUAAGUUCUGCAAAGGAAAACAUAACUAGAACAUCCCAUGGCCAUGGUGACAAUCAAACUAGUAACACCUCAAACCCCAAAGGUAAACGUUCGAAAAAAUAUUUCAAGAAAUCAUCAGGAAAUGAUAAUUGGCUAGAAAAGAAGCGCACUCCCAUGAUGAUGGUAGCAUCACUGAUCGCCACCAUGUCAUUCCUCGCUCGUUUGAACCCUCCAGGUGGUUUGUGGCAAGACGACUUCCCCGGAAGCAACACAACAUCACCUCACCGGGCAGGGUUUGCCAUAUUGGAAGAUUUUGAUUCAGACAAAUAUACAUAUUUCAUAAAUUACAACACCACAAGUUUUGUGGCUUCUCUGGGCACCAUACUGUUCCUCCUGCUCAUAGGAGACUUGCCAUUUUUCAGGCAUAAGUUUUUUAUGUGGGUUUUAUUGGGUAUCAUGUGGAUUGCUAUUAACGCGACGUUCGGGACUUAUAUCCUCUCAAGAACUACGCUUGCCAUAGAAGCGUCCUAUUUGGGUGUAUUAUACGUUUAUUUUGUAUGGUUAAUCUUUACAUUUUUUGUUCUUUUGGUACACGUUAUUCGGAUGAUAGUGUGGAUGACAAGAGGUUUGAUAAAAUUAAUAAGGAGACGAAGAAGGAGAUCAGCCUCAAGCACAAGUGGUAAUCAUCCUCCACAUAUCGUCUAAUGCGUACAACUUUAUGGAAUGAGUAUUAAUGCAUAAAAUAGCAUGUGCUUCACUGUAUAUUGGUGUGUUGUAAUCUUACAUAUAUUUUCGGGGCAUUUGGUUCAGGAAUGUAGAUUACUGGGAAUGUUGGAUUACUGGAAAUAUAAAUUACCUUGGAAGAUUACUGGGAAUCUAAGAAAUAUGUUUA